UAUAUAUCUAUAUUAUAUAUAUAAGCUGCAUGGCGACAUCGGGUAUGGAUAUGCAGCACCUGGGCCAACUUGUCUUUUCACAUCAAGAUCAUUCGAAUACUGCUUCUCCAUUGAACAAUGCGGGUCCCGUUAACAUCCACGAAACAUCUAAAGAUGAUCUCCAUAGAAUCCCUGAAAUAUCAUUAGAGCAAGGUCUUGCAGCGGCUCCAUUUGUUUGUCUAGUACCCACUCAAUUAAUUGCCCCGCUAUUGGCAUCGAUAAAUAUUGAUACUGUAACUUCAGAGACAGACAUAGUCGAUCGAAACCCAAACUCAAUGUUCAAUCAAUUUAAAGACGUCAUUAACCAACUGCCUACCCAGCAUACAGAUAUAAUAGAGGAGAUAGUCAACGAGUUCAUAGCAUACGAGGAUUCAGAGCUUGAUGAUUUACAAUUCAAAGGUAUGAGUUUGUGCGGGGAUAAUAGUCUCAAACCACAAAUAGACUUAUUACCUUUAGAAAGUGAGAUAUUUGAAAAAAUGGUUGAUGUAGCAAUUCCAAGCAAUACAAUGGAAAGAAAGAUACCGAGAGAACGUUUAGUAAUUCAUGAUGAAAUGGAAGGAAUUGUAACUACCAUAGAUGAUUCUCUUAAAAUUGAGAAGGUGGAUACUACAAAUGACAUAUUCAUUGAAUCAAAUAUUUCAAAGAUUGAGAAGAGUGAUGAUCAAAGCCCGAAUUUAAAACGUCGUUUCGAUGAAAUUGAUACAUCUGGUUUUGAUAUCACUAUCGAAGAAUCAGUAAAGAAACUGACGUUUUUAGAGACUGAUGAACUUACCGAAAGAGCAAUGGAGGAAUUAAUAUCAUUGGUACAAAAAUUGUCGUCCGAUGAUGUAACAAUGUGGACACCAUUGGAUGGCCGUAGUAUCUUAUCUACUACAUGGCUAAUGUCACUUCUGGAUAAACUUUAUCGAAUCAUGAAUAAACCAAUGUUCCAAAAUUUCCCACUUGAACAUCUUCAAAAAAUACAAAGUGUUUGCUUUGCGAACAUAUCCGAGGUUCUUGAUUUAACAAAUACACAUUCGAAAUCUCCCCAUUUUCUUGAUAUUGCAUUUAACUCAUUGAUGGCAUCUAGGAAUAUUCUAUUCAUCUUACAAACAAGAUCUGAUAAGCAACUUUUUGUUGAUGAAUAUCUUCGAGCGGUGAUAGAUCUAACUUACAACUUAACUGAAGUAGUUUCUGAGGAUAUUGUGACUUUUGGAAGUCUUGUGUCUGAUGUGGGGCUUAAUUUAAGUAUACUUUCAGAAUAUAUUUUGCAUAAUAACGUGGAUGAACAAAUCCUCACACGUUUGGAAUAUCUAUCCAUUCAUGCCAUUUAUUCAACUCUGUCUAAAUUAGGUAAUCAUUUGGCUAUGGAAUCCCUUCGAUUCAAUGCUAGUACACUUCUAUGCACCAUCUUCAAACAGCACCCGGAUCAGCGGCAUUUCAUUCUUGAAGAAGUUUUGUCAAAUUUUACAACCACCACCACCUCUAUCCGUCAAUAUAAGCUUUACAGAGGUGCCUCUAUUCAUAUGGUUUCAGCUUUGUUAUUGAAUUUAAUACAAUCUUUCGAUUUGUCGAAAUUUUCUAAAGCUUCACAAGAGUGUAUCAGUGGGGAUCUGAUAGAAAAAUCAAGUAAGCGGAAGAAUCUCAAUGAAGAUUUACUACAAUUACAAAAUCAAGCUGUUACGACUGCCAACGAUAUUGCAUCAGUAUUGGUGACAAAGCUUAGUAAGAACCCAGAUCAAGCUCAUAAGACGUCUAUGGAAGGUCUUUUAGAAGAUUUGUUAUAUGUACUUCCAUUCCCUGAAUGGCCAGCUUCAGAAACUCUCCUUUCAUCAAUUAUGCGAUCAUUUAUGCGAGCUGUUGAGACUUCUGGGUCAUAUCCGGCGAUAGUAGAAACUUACGUCUUGGAAAUGGCUGGGUCAAUAGCAAUAAAGAUUUUAAUGUUAAGGAAACAUGAAGAAGAUGGAAAUAUAUUUGAUGAAUUUGCACUUCCGACAUUGGAAUAUGUACAAAUUCAAGUGAAUAAAAAUAAGUUUUUUGCACCAGCAUUUAGGUUCUUAUUGUUAAAAUACUUUUGUCAAUUAUUACCUAUACUAGAAAAUAGGAAUGAGAAUGAUAUCGGUACUGGACUUGAAGCAUUGGGGUCUGAAUUAGAUGACUCACAGAUUGGGAUUAACCCCACAUCCGUUUACGAGGUGUUAUUGGAUAUACUUGCGAAUGAUGCUAUCGUUUUAAACCAUUCAAUUGAAGAUUAUGAUUCUAUCAAUCUAUAUGGACAGAUUUUGUUGAAGCAAGAUCUAUUUCAACAAUAUGAUGGGUUUAUUAGGAUUCUCGUUCAAUCUUUGGACAGUUCCAAGGUGAAAUCGAGGAGUAGGGCACUCAAGAUUUUAUCAUCACUUGUUGAUAUUGAUAGAAGUUUAUUAAUGUCUUCAGCAAUCAAGGAAUCCUUUAUUAAUAAGUUUUCUGAUUCAUCGCCAAUGGUCAGAGAUUCAGUGAUUGAUCUUGUGAGUAAAUACAUGGGGACUAACCGCGAUAUCAUACAACAAUUCUAUCAGCCAAUUUGCGAGAGAAUGGCAGAUUCGAGUAUUCAAGUUCGUAAGAGAGUUAUAAAGUUGGCCAAAGAAAUGUAUAUGAAUAGUGGAGAUUGUCUCAUUCAAGCGAAUAUUUCCGUCCAGAUGUUGAAAAGGUUGGAUGAUGAAGAAGAAGUAAUCGUGGAGAUGGUAAAAUCCUACCUAUUGGAAUUAUGGUUCAGUAAAGGGAAUAAUGUGCCCGUAAUAAUUGAGGUUAUUUCCAAUGGCAAUUCAAAAGAAUUAUUUGAAAGAUUCGUUGAAUUUGUCAGUGAUAAAUUUAAGUUGAAGCAAAUGAUAGAAACCGCUUUGGAUAAGGUAGUGGAUGGUUUUGAUUUGAAUAUACUGGAAAAAUGUAUGAUGUUAAUAUCAACGCUAGUCAAAUGUGAUGGGAAAUUAAUGUCUCAAGAUCAAUUGGUUGCAUUACAACCAUAUCUAGUCGACGAAAAAACUAAUGGACAACCAAUAAUGUUAUAUAUUUUACAGACACUCAAAUUUGUGGUGAAAGAACUUUCGGUGUUGCGUAAAGAUUUGCUUAUUUCAAUCGAAACUUCAUUAUUGCGUCGUUUGACAAAGUUUAAUGCUCGAGAGCUCUCUGAGGCAAUGCCAUGUCUCUGGAGAAUAAGUCUGAUGAAUGGGAGUACUGUUAAGAUUGCAAAUGCAUCUAUAAUGUGCCUUAAUCAUAUUAGACCGUUCAUCAGUAAAGCUAAGCGCGAAGGAUGGCUCAAAUCAGAUCCAAAAUUAAGGAAAUUGCUUCACCUUAUUGAAAGUUUUGGGGCAUAUUGUCUGUUUGAAGAGAAUAGGAAAAUGUUUUUACAGGCAAAUGUUGGCCUUAAACAAAAUGAAACAGUAGUAAGUCUUAUCACGAAAGUUUUACUUUUUUUCUGCUCCACUCAAGGGAUGGACCCAGUCCUUAGAAUGACCUCCAUAAAGAAUAUAUUAGGCAUAUGUGCAUCGCACCCAACUUUAUACACGUCAGAGGCUAUUUUGAAGGUUUUGGAUAGAGAAUUUGAGGCUGGAAAUAUUGAUACAAAGGUAGUGAUCAUUCAAGGAAUCAUAGAAUUUUUGGAGAAGGAAGAUCUCGAGACAAAGAAAAGGAAUGGAGUUCUGGCCAAGCUAUCUAAAGAUGUCAAAUUGGAUGUGGCUGUGUUUCACGGCCACAAAACUAAAACCUAUGUUAAUGACGGAAUUUGUACCGCUAUAAUUCAAAGGUAUAUUCGUUCCAUUCUUCCUCUUUGCUUUUAUGAUGAGGGAAAUUUGUCAAUUAUACCAAUUCAGUACUUGCAGCAUGUUGUAAAGCUGGGUUAUGCGAAUCCAAAAAUUUGUAUUCCCCUGAUUAUUGCAUUGGAAUCGACUUCAAACAGAUAUGUGAAGCUUAUCGCCAUGUCUAUGCAUCAAGAACUAGUGGAACGUCAUGAAUCACUCACGGGUUCGAGUUAUGUCGAAGCCAUUAAGAUAGCUACCCAAUUCCGUCUCCAUUGCUUAAAUGGCAACAAUGUUCGAUUGUCAAAAGAGCGAUUCUUUUUGAAAAAUAUAUAUUCCAUCGUGGCAUAUAACCGGACAUCGAGGAAGAAAUUCAUUGUUGCUCUUAGCAAAAUCUUUUUGUUACAAGAUGAAGACGACAUCGACAAUGCCAAGUUUCAACGAGACCUAGUUAUGUAUACUGUAUUGAAUUUGGGAACCGUACGGUAUUCUGUACUCGAAGAUGUUUUUCUUCUUGUGCAUAGCAUUGAUCAGACUAUUCGUAAACGAGGUCUUGAUCUUUCUGAACUGGUGGAGGAAUUUAAGGAGGAUAAACUAUCGCCAAAUGAUUUAGAAGCGCAACGCCUUCUUCUCAUGUCACAAACAUUGCUCAUUAUGAUUUGCUUCCGGAAUUACAUAGUUAGUUCAUAUGGUAUUAGUCAAAUCCAAUUAGAUUCGUUCAACCCAUCAAGAGUGGAUGCCGAACUUAGGCAACCUCCUAAAAUAGUUAGAAUGGAUGAAUUUGUACUCGAUACCGUCGCCCUUGAUAAUGAUUUAACAAGUACAGAAACUCAGGUUCGACUCAUCACAACUUUCUUCGAACAACUUGAAGAAGUCACUAAUUAGUAAUAAAAAUAUAAAAGUUUACUUAUCUAAUCUACGUAGACAAUGAGAUGUGAUAAUAAUGAGGCGCUACGUCAUAUGUGUCUCAUGUGUCUUAGCUGAAAAUAUGUCUCAAUAUUAGUAUGUGUAUUCUCCUAAUU